AUGAAGGUCCGAUCCUGGCUUUCAACAUGCUCCUCCGCCACCUGCAUCGCCACCUCCGCCGACUCCUCCCCACCCCCUCCACCAAAAUCCCUAUUUUCCGACACCAGCAGCAGCUACUCCACCAACAGCAACAGCCCCCAAAACUACGUCAAAAUCCGCCGCCACAACCACCGCCUCUGGAUCCAGCACCACGACGCCGUAUCCGGCCUCGCCGCCGCCGAAAAUCUGAUUUUCUCAAUCUCGUGGGACCGGAGCCUCAAAAUAUGGAACUCCGAGAACCUACACUGCCUCCAAUCGAUCAACAGAGCGCACGACGACGCGAUCAACGCCGUCGCGGUGUCCGGCGACGGAUUGAUCUACACCGGCUCGGCGGAUAGGAAAAUCAAGGUGUGGAGGAGAGAGGAGAAGAAAUUCGCGGCGAUCGCGACGCUGGAGAAGCACAAAUCGGCGGUGAACGCGCUGGCGCUGAGCGGGGACGGUUCGGUUUUAUUUUCCGGUUCGUGCGACCGGUCUAUUCUGGUUUGGGAGAGAGAGGACAGCGCCGGGCACAUGGCGGUGGCGGGGGCGCUGAGGGGUCAUGCAAAGGCCAUCUUGUGUUUGAUCAACGUCCGAGAUUUGCUCAUGAGUGGAUCGGCUGAUCGGACGGUCAGGAUUUGGCAGCGCGGAUUUGAUGGGAGAUUCUGCUGUUUGGCGGUUUUGGACGGGCACCGGUCGCCCGUCAGGUCGAUUGCUGCGGCGGAGUGCGGCGGCGCCGGUGUCAGAGUUUUUAGUGGUAGUUUUGAUGGGGAGAUUAGAGUGUGGGAACUUGGUUUUUGAAUUUCAUUUUCAUUUUCAUUUCUGGAAAUGUGGACUAGCAUUAAUUUUGUAUAGGUUUUUGGAUCAUACAUACAUUCACUUAUUUUCAAUUGAAAUAGGAUGAAUUGAUUCGAAACUUGACAAUAAUUUUUUUUAGAGUUUAGCUAGAACACUCAAACUUUGUAUAAUUAGCAAAUGCCAACUUACAAAGCUUGAUAUGGUUAUGCUUCUUCUGUUUAA